AUGGAGAUCGCGAAGUCGAAAGCUCCGGGCGAGUUGUUGAACUGGGACGAUAUUCAGAAGAUGAAGUACUCGUGGAACGUGGCCUGUGAAGUCAUGAGGUUCGCCCCUCCUCCUCUCCAGGGCACGUUUAGGGAAGUCAUCAACGACUUCAUCUUCAAUGGUUUCUCCAUUCCGAAGGGAUGGAAGGUUUAUUGGAGAGCGAACUCGACCCACAAGAGCGCUGAGUAUUUCCCCAAGCCGGAGAAGUUCAACCCAACCCGGUUCAAAGGGGACGGGCCGGCGCUGUACACAUUCGUGCCCUUCGAGGGCGACCCGAGGAUGUGCCUAGGGAAGGAGUACGCUCGCCUGGAAAUACUCGUGUUCAUGCACAAUCUGGUGAAGAGGUUCAAGUGGGAGAAGUUGCCUCCGGAAGAGAAGAUUGUCGUUGACCCGAUGCCGAUGUCUGCGAAGGGACUCCCCGUUUGUUUAUGCCCUCACAAAGCUUAA